GUGUAACUCAACCGCCCACGACUCGAAUCGCCUACCUCGACCUUGGACACUUUCGCAUGCGAGCAGGAUGGUCAAGAAUGGAGGGACCUGUCUCUACAAAGAGGCGCGGCUGAACAUUGAGCCCGCCUUUCCCGGGUCGACGAUCGCGUUCACGCUGCCCGCAAGCUCUCUGUCAACAUUCGUGCUGCGAACGACGGCGAAGCGCACAGUCAUCACCGAGCAAUAUGUAGAUCAGGACGAGGAUGCUUUUGCGCGCCGCCAUCUGGCGACCGAGGGCUCCAUGUUCUUUCGGCGACAUCAUGCAUACCCGCGAAGCUUUCUUUGGCGCGUCUUGGACAACAGGAAGAUGCUCGAAAUCCAAGCCACCGACCUAGACCACGAUUUCAGCAACAAGCGCGAGGCCAACCUCACCCUCUUGUUGCAGUUCCCUUCUCCCAUUCGGCCGUUCUGUGUGGCUUUCGCAGAACCUACAGACCGAGAUGCGCUCACCGUCUUUGCCAUCACGACUGCGAAUGAGUUGUACACAAUCACUCUUCCCCGCGACUUCUUUGACAACCCCGCGGCCUCGGAACAAGAUGUGGAAAACUGGUGCAAGAGGUCAGAGCCGGCGCUAUUUAGUGGCCGCGUUCCGUACCGCCUUGUCGCGCUUGGUGUAGACGAUCUGCUCGUGACACUCGACGACGGAGCGAUUUGUCGCAUGCGCUGGGACACGGACAACAAGGUGUGGGAUGGCGUACGAUACCAGCAUAGUAACUGGUCCGUCCGGGGCCUCCUCUCGUGGAAAUCGCAGCCCACAGUCCGUUUCGACAAUGCAGACUUCUCUGUAUCGGCUGCUGCAGCCGUUGCAGUAUCGCCAGACGCGCAGCAUAUCCUCUCCAUUUCUCUGGACCACACGUUGAGAGCUUGGAACGUUUCGUCAGGAAAGCCAGGCCUCCAGAUGGAUCUCCUAGGCCAGAUGGACGCUGCUCUUGAGAAGCCCAACAACUCUUACUUCAUUGGCCCGUCGCAGUCGAAGCUCAUGACUGUCAUGGAGAUACCCGACGGUGUCAUGGGCGCAAAAUACUUCGUGGGUACAUACUCGCCAAAACAACAUCAGUUCAAGUUCUGGGGCAUAGUCGACGCAGACGAUUCCAAGGAUGGCGUCUAUGACGUUCAGCCAGAUGUCGAUCUUAUCCCACCGGUCGAUGAGCUUAUGGACACGACUGUAUGGACCAUGGAAGAGUUUCAUAUCAUUGUGGGACCUGCUAGGUGGCAGACAACGGAGAUGUGGAUUCGCGUGAGGUCUGGGCCAAGCAGCAGAGUCUACUACUUGAGCUUCAACCUUACAGACCCUGUUGCAUGUACACAGGCGUGGAAGAACAAUUGGGUAUCCGUAGAAUCAGGCCCCUUAACAGUGGAUGGAUUGAAGAUGAAUCCUACAAACCCAAACAGACAGGAUGGAAACGCUGUUAUUCAACAUGAAUCUGGCUCCUCUGAACAAUGGCUAGGCUUUUUGUUUUAUCCGGGACGAUUUACCACAGCCACUUUGGAAACCGCUCUGCUGAUCUUCAAGAGAGGGCUGGAUCGAACACGGUUGAGCAAAUCAUUAAGCCGAGGCUCUUUGAAGGAACGCAUCUGCGCUGCCGUCACAGCUCUUGCUGGGAAGGUCCAGAAUAGUGAUCUAGACGCAGGCCAAUUCGAGAACGCUGCUGUUUCGCAAUGGCAAGGAUUCUACGGCAUAGUGAAAGACUUACAUAAGCGCAGAGGAGAAUCACUGUCCCUUGCUUACGACGAAGCCACAGCUAUGCCAUGGCUGGUGCUGAGCGAUCACAUCUCUGCAAUACGGAAUUGCAGCGAGCAUGAGAUUACCGCUCUAAACACUACGGCAAUUUCAGCGUCGCAGCAGCUCACUAGACCUCUUCAAAGGAUUCUGGAGCAGCCGGAAUCUCGUGAUGUCGCGCGACUUCUGAAUGCCGCUUCCUCUUUCCGACAACGAUUGCCAUUGUUUGUUCAGCAAGAAGUGGAGCGCCAGAUCAAGAUGGAUCUCCUCCAGAGCCGAUCUCUUACAAUAAUGGAUCGUAUGGAAGAUAUCGAAAACCGCAGCGAGCUAUUGCAGCACGUUUCAGAUGAAGAUCUGUCCAUACUGCUUGAGGAACUUGGAACCGAGGUGAGGGAUCUCAGCACCGAGACGUUUCUUCGUGCCAUCCGGACUCUGGGCCAUGAAGAACAAGGCCUUGCGAAUCGGAGGAGGCAGGUCGCGCGAUAUGGGCUCAGUGCUUUGAUCCGGGUCUCUCAAGAGACAUUGGAGGCAGAUUACAACACUCUCUUGGAUCUUCUUGUUCUAGUCCUUUUCAUGUUUGUCGAGCUUGAGGGAGAGACACCUGAAGAGUUCGAUGCAUCCGAGGUCUUUGUGGAACUCAUAGACCAGUUCAAGGACUGCCUAACGGUGUCUUGGAUGGCGAGCAUGGUCUGGGCACAUCAAACAGCUACUAGCCCGGCCACCGAGAUACUGAACAAAAUCCUGAGCGAGCUUUUGAAGACUGGGAAGAAGUUUCCAUUCACACAAACGGUUCUGGAGGGAAUAUACGGUCAUCGAUCCUUGGAUUUGCCAUUUCCGAAGGACCAGAAGGCUAACAUUCUUACUUACUGGAGCCGCGCGUGGAUAGCGUCAGUGUUCAGUGACCAGAACUACGACUCUGUUGUGGAAGAUUCCAUGGGCAUACUACUCUUCCAGAAAGAGUACGAUCUGGCAUUGGACUUUGCAAAGUUCCUUCCCGACGGCAAUUGGUCUACCUACUUGAAAGGUCGGAUGCACCUUGCGCUCGGCGAGAAUGCACUGGCGUCCAUCUGUUUCCAGAAGUCAGCAUUCAAUUUAGCCUUGGGCAUGUUCAACAUUGAGGACGCGGAUUCAGCAGGCUUGGUGUCCGAAGUUGAUCAAAAUUCGUUCUCAUCCGGCCCUGCGCGAUACUAUAGUCAUGUUCUGGGUCUUUUUGAAAAGACCAGGGCGUAUACAUACGCUGCGGACUUUGCGCGACUGGGUCUACGGUCGUUGAGGGGCCGAGAAGACGAGGAACUGAAGACUGAUCUGCUUCAACGACUGUUCAGCGCUUCCAUACAAACGUCGAACUUCGGCGAGGCAUACUCGGCAAUGACGAGGCAUAGCGAUGCAGCUCUCAAACACUCGUCCCUUCAAACCCUCAUCACGUCCAUGGUUUCACAAUCGCACACCGGAGACCUCCUCAAAUUCCCCUUCGUUGGCCUAUCAGACGAUGUAGAUGCCAUUCUCUUAUCUCUCUGCCAGAAGACGCUCAACCUCGCCUCCGGGCCUCCUUACCACCAAAUCCUCUACUCUUUCCGUAUCGCCCGCAACAACUUCCGUGGCGCUGCGUCCAUUCUCCACGAGCGCCUGCAACGCCUCAAGACAACAUCAUCCAAGGUUCACGACCCAGCAGACGAAUCUUUGGCACAAUGCUACCUUAUGAUCAUCAACACGUUAUCGUCAGUACGCCAGGAGGAUGCGUAUAUUCUGGCCGAGCAGCGGGUUGAUGAAGCUGGGCCGCCGCAAUGGGGUAUCGGCAAGGGGAAGAAAUUGCUUAAGAGGCAAAUCAUCACGCUCGAUACGCUGAGGAAGGAGUACCAGGCGGAGCUUGAUCGGGUUGCAGCGAUUGAGAGUGGGCAGUUUCCGUUUGUGGAUCCGAGGGAUGACAUGGAUAUUCUAUGAAUGUAGGAUUUUGCUUAGCGUGGCGUUAUAUGGUGAUUUGGAAGGCAUGUCGGUCUCUAGUGAUGAUCUCGAGUCCUUGAAGAAGUGGGAAAUAGUAUCUGCCAGGCUUGAAUAACAACAAGGGGCGCUUUCGCACUGGCCUUCUUUCAUAUUC